AUGCCCAAAAGCAUGGCUUAUCGCCCACACGAGGGCAAGUUCGGUAUCGUGACCGGAGGCUCAAGAGGUAUCGGGGCAGGCAUAGCUCGCAAUCUCGCCUCCAAAGGAUGCUCUCUUCUUCUCGUCUACACCUCCGACUCCUCCACAGAACCUAUUCAAGCCCUUUGCAAAGAACUCUCUGAAGAGAACGACAUCCUCUGCGUACCGGUACAAGCCGACCUGUCAGACCCGAGCCGAGCCGCUCCUCAUAUCCUAGCCACCGCUAAGAACCAUUUCGCACAUCCACGUACGGGUACAUUCCAGGUGGACAUCAUCAUCAACAACGCGGGCAUAGCAGGAAACAAGCUUUUGAACGAUUCUGACGCAGGACCGAUCGAAGAGACGCAAUUUCACAAACAGUACAACGUCAACGUGCUAGCGCCAUUGUUGCUGGUGCAGGCGUGUCAACCUUACCUUCCCAAAGAUCGCUCUGGCCGGAUCGUGAAUGUGUCGAGUGUAUCCUCGUCGAUUGGUUAUGAGUCACAGUCGAUUUAUGCUGGCACCAAGGCUGCUCUGGAGGCGAUGACACGCGUAUGGGCAAGGGAGCUGGCAGAGAGCUGUACAGUCAAUGCGAUCAACCCAGGGCCUGUAUGGGGAGACAUGUACACCCAGGCAGGAGAAGGCUUCUGGAAGGUAAACCAAAAGUAUGCGGACAGUGCUCCACUGAUGAACUACACGGCUGGCGAUGAUGCAGUUCGAGCUCGUGCAGGGGGCGAUCCCGAAGAAUUUGAUAAUAUCGUGCUUAAGGGCAUGGGUGGGAAGAGGCCAGCUUUGGCAGACGAGAUCGCAGGUGUGGUUGGCAUGCUUUGCUCUGAGGAGAGUGGUUGGACGACAGGAAGCGUGAUCUGUGCAAACGGUGGCAUGAAGAUGUCAAUAGCAUGA